AUGUUGAACAGAACUCUCGCUCGACAGAUCGUCUCCGUCAGAAACUUCCGAUCUGGCUCUUUCCAGAACAAGUUCAACCAAGUCCCACCAAAGAAGGUCUACUGGGGCUCUGCCAAGCUCUCUGGUGAAGCUUUCCUCGCUGCCGGCGCCAUUUUCUUCUUCUGGGCCUUUGAUCGACUCGCUCGAGCUGACUUCCUUUACUCCAAGUUCCACAUGUCUGCCUCUCACUUCCAGAUGGAUAACAUCAUCAUCGUCGAUGGCAAGUACCGAUACAUCCCCACCAAAAUGCACCCCGCCGAGCACGAAAAGGAUGUCUCCUACAUGACCAACUUCACCGAGUACGACUGGACCCCUACUGAUGGCAAGGAUGGCAAGGUCUCCGAGUCCUACGGCUCUUCCCGCGAUGCACAAGAGAAAUCCAUUCCCAUCUGUACUUUGAAAAAUUUCCCAAAUGCCAUCGAGCAUUGCCUUCAGUGGGCGCGAGAUAACUUUGAAGGACUCUUUACUGGACAGGCAGGCUCUGCGAAACAGUUCCUUUCCGAUCCCGCCGACUUGUCGCAAAAACUGAGAAGCUGCCCGGCAACGAGCCAAUCACCUCUGCCCAGGGAGUCGUUGAGUCAACUCGUUGACUUCCUCAUCGACCAAAAACCAAAUGACUUCAAUGACUGCAUCGAAUGGGCGCGCCACAGAUUCGAAGAGAACUACAUCGUCAACGGAAUCGACGACAUUGAAAACUAUCGAAAUACGUUCAUGAAUCUCGCGAUUCCAGCGUAUUCCUUCUCCGAGCCCAUGACUCCACCAAAGAACACUUAUUUUGGAGACCAGCACUGGACCCUCUGGGAUCGAUUUGACAUCGACGGACGAAAAGAAAAUGGCGGAGAGAUGACAAUUGGCGAGCUCCUCGACCAUUUCAAGAAUGAUAGGAAGCUUGAGGUCCAGAUGCUGAGCUCUGGAGUGACACUUCUCUACUCCUUCUUCCUCAACCCGCCGAAGAAGAAGCAGGACCGACUUGCCAUGACUGUCAGUGAGGCAGUGAAAACAGUCGACAAAAAAGAAAUCGGCGCGCACGAGCGAUACCUCGUGCUCGACGUCUGCUGUAAUGACAUGACAGAAGCCGAAGAAGAUCAAGACGUUCCAUAUCUUCGCUAUUGUUUCCGAUAG